AUGAAUAGCAAUUUAAUAGUUAGGCAGUUUAUACCGAACGACAACACAGUACUUACAAUAUAUUGGACAUUUACAAUCGCUAUAAUCAUUACUAGUUUAAUAUUAUCCAUAUUAAAAGGAUAUUUUCAAAUGGUUGACAAAGAAUCAUUGUUUAACAUAAUUCAAUCUACAAUUCUAAUCGAAUAUUGUAUUGCAUAUAUGUUAGGAGGUUUGUGCUUCAUAAAAUAUGGGAGAUUAGUUGUUAAAUUGCUUGAUGAAAGCACUAAAAUAAUGGGACUGGAAGACAUAAGAAUUUCAGAGAGUAAAGCUUUGCGCUUACAAAGUUAUCGUACUCAUUUAAAUAAGCUCAAGGUUAUGAACUUUAGUCUAUCUGUUAUAGUUUGUUGGUUGGCGGUUAUGGCUUUUUUUGUAGCUCUUUUCAGAAGUAAAAUAGCCGAAUACUUGCCUCUUUACAUCACAUUAGCGAUUAUAAGUUUUGAUGGAACCGCUAUUAUAAACUUAACCGCGCUUUUUGGAAUUGUUUAUGGCGAAGUACAUAAACAGAACAGCGCAGUAGCAGAAGAAGUUACUACAUCAAUUAAUUAUUCUACUACCAAUGAUUAA